AUGAGUGAUUCUUCAAGAAAUUCAAGUGGUGGACCUGCUAUGCGUCUCUCUUCUUUAACUGUUGGUCAAUUCUGGAAAGCAGUGGAGAAUUUUAGAGAAGGAUUUCAUAUUGAUUAUUUGUCAAUGUAUGGCAAACGGUGGAAGUCGUUACUUAUUUGGAAUGAAAUGUCUUCAAAGGACCCACUUCCUGUGAAUGAAUUUAUGGAAGAGUUUUUGCGUGAUGGGGCGAUUGCUUUUAAUCAGCGAAAACGUGCUUACAAGUUGCAUGAAGCUAUGCCUUUAAUUGAAAAUAGAACGGUCAAAUUAUCUGUAAGAUAUUUAGAGGUUAUUUUUGUAUAUUGA